UGAAAGUCCUGCACUGAGACUGAGAGGAGCUUCAUGUCCAGACAACCUGAACACAGGACCACUGGCACCAUGAUGCGUCCUCUAGCUCUUCACCAAAACAUCUCUGGGACGCUGAGCUGUGAGUGAGUCAGAGUUAACCACCAUGAGCGCUGACACCGUCAGCAGGCCAGAGCUGGAAUUGGAGAACAACGGCGAGCUUGCUGACUUGGUGGCAGCCAUGAACGUGACCGCCAACCGUUUAACCCCUCCUAAUGGCUACAGGUCGGGUGGUCCAAGGACCACCAACACCAACCGAAUUCGCCUCUCAGACAGGAAAAUGUCUCUGCAGGAGAGAGGGAGUCGCAUGGCCCGACAGCCAACCAUUGAGACCAAACGUGUGUCAAUCACUGGCGUUGAUGACUGUAUCCAGCUCAACCAGUAUAAACUAAAGGAAGAGAUUGGAAAGGGUUCAUAUGGAGUAGUGAAAUUGGCUUAUAAUGAAGAUUCAGAAGAGCACUAUGCAAUGAAAGUAGUUUCAAAGAAGAAGCUGAUGAGGCAGUGUGGAUUUUUGCGCCGCCUGCCGACCUCAGGGUCAAAGUCACAGCAGGAUCUGUUCCCUAAAGCCGCCUUGCCUCUGGAGAGCGUGUACAAGGAGAUCGCCAUCCUGAAGAAACUGGACCAUCAUAAUGUUGUCAAACUGAUCGAGGUGCUGGAUGAUCCUGAUGAAGAUGGACUUCACAUGGCCUUCGAAUUGGUGACAAAAGGACCGGUGAUGGAGGUGCCUACUGACAACCCUCUAACGGAGGAGCAGGCUCGCUUUUACUUCAGAGACGUCGUCCUUGGAAUAGAGUACUUGCACUACCAAAGGAUUAUUCACAGGGACAUUAAACCAUCGAAUCUGCUGUUGGGAGAUGAUGGCCACGUCAAAAUAGCAGACUUUGGUGUGAGCAAAGAGUUUGAGGGGACAGACGCCCUCCUGUCAAGCACAGCGGGGACGCCGGCCUUCAUGGCUCCGGAGACGAUGACCGAACACGAGCAGAGCUUCAGUGGAAAAGCAUUAGACGUGUGGGCGAUGGGAGUCACACUGUACUGCUUCGUCUUUGGGAUGUGUCCUUUUUAUGAUGAAUACAUAGUUUAUCUACACAACAAGAUAAAGAACAAACCUGUGGAGUUUCCAGAGACGCCAUUAAUAAGUAAUGAACUGAAGGAGCUUAUUGAAAGGAUGCUGGAAAAAAACCCUGAAACAAGAAUCACCAUCCCAGAAAUUAAGCUCCAUCCGUGGGUGACAGAGAACGGUGCAAAUCCUCUCCCUCUGGAGGAGGAGCACUGUACGGUUGUUGAGGUCACUGAGGAGGAGGUGCAGAACAGCAUUAAACUCAUCCCCAGCCUCUCCACUGUGAUUCUUGUGAAGUCCAUGCUGAGGAAGCGGUCUUUCAGUAAUCCCUUUGAGUGUCAGGGCAGACGGGCAGAGAGGUCCAUGUCUGCCCCUGGAGGUCUUCUUACUGGUUCUUGGGGCUUACUGGGGUCUUCGUCUCACCUUCAUCCUUCCUUGAGGAAAGUCAGCAGAGAGGGAAGCAGAGAAGGAGAGUUGGAGGACUUGUAUGAAGAUGAAGCUUUUACAGAGAGUGCUGAUUAAUCUGGCUCACAUGGAUUUAAAACACAGAAAGUAUGUUUUUGUACAUUUAUUUGUGUCUUUAUCUCUUAAUUUUUUUGUUCGUUGUUGCUUUUGACAUUAGAGGAGAAGAUUGUGGUCAUUUUGUAAAUUUACUGAAUAUUCAAGUAAAGAUUUGUAGUGCAUGAAAAUACAGAAAAAGAUGAUAUUAUCUUCCAUCCGGGCUUAAAAAAGUAAAUAUACUCCAUGAAGAUGAAGAUAUUUUUACAUUUUCCUACAGCUGUUGAAGAUAACA